GCCGGGUGCGGUCGUGAUGGACCUGAAGAGGGCUCUGGACGUGGAGGAGGAGGUGGUGGACGGCGACGAGGAGGAGCUCGCCUGCCCCGACGCCAAGCGCCGCCGCACGUUCCUCAAUAGCUCGAUGCAGGAGGCCAUUGGCGCGCAGUACAUGCAGAGGCAUUUGCCCAAGCUGGAGCCGUUUCUGCGCAGAGUUGUGCAAGAAGAGGUGCACAAUGUUCUUAUCCGCCACGUUGAUUCAGCAAACAGGCUCCCACUUCAACUAAAGACGAGCAGCAAACGGUACAAGCUGCAGUUCCAGGGCAAUCUGCCUCAGACCCUUUUCACUGGCAACCGAGUGGAGGCGGAGAACAGGCAGCCUCUCCGCGUUGUUCUGACCGACGCUGCCAACAACCAGACAGUCACCUCUGGCCCCUUGUCCUCGAUGAAGGUCGAGCUCCUCGUUCUCGACGGCGACUUCAACGCCGAUGAGCGGUUGGAACACACCGAGAAGGAGUUCAACGAGAGCAUAGUGUUUGAAAGGGAAGGCAAGAGGUCACUCUUGUCGGGCGAGGUGAUAAUCGUGCUUGAGAAAGGCGUUGCUUCCAUCCGGGACAUCUCUUUCACGGAUAACUCCAGCUGGAUAAGGAGCAGGAAGUUCAGACUUGGCGCGAGGAUCACUCGGGCCAGUUCGAUAGACGAACGGGUGCAGGAAGCUGUGAGCAAUCCUUUCCUAGUGAAGGAUCACCGUGGAGAAGUGUACAAGAAGCACCAUCCUCCUGCAUUAGCUGACGACGUAUGGCGCCUGGAGAAGAUUGGAAAAGACGGCGUUUUCCACAAGAAGCUUGCUGACUUCGGAAUUCACACUGUCCAAGACUUCCUCAGGAACUUAGUGAUGGAUCAGUAUGGACUGCGCAGUUUACUUGGAAGUGGAAUGUCGAACAAGAUGUGGGACUCAACCGUCGAGCAUGCCCGGGAGUGCCUGCUGGACGACAAGCUCUACUCCUACUGCAGCGGCCAUGCAAUCGUUCUCCUGUUCAACUGCAUCUACGAACUUGUUGGCGUGAUCGUUGGGAGCCACUGCUUCACGUUGAAUGCCCUCACUCCAACACAAAAGGCGCUGGUGGCGAAGCUGCAGCAGGACGCGUACAAGUUCCCAAACCGCAUAGCAGAGUUCAAGGUGCAGUCGCAGAGCGCCGACCAGUCGUCGCACACGGUCCAGGCCCCGCCUGCGGCCGUGCCUGGCUCAGCGAGCACACAGAUGCCCAGCCUUCCUCAAGGUGUCCAUUGCUUCCCAGCAGGCGAGCCGGGCUCACAGGACGGGCUGCUGAAUUCGCUCCACCACCAGCCGCUCAACGAGGCCCUGGAGGACGUGCUGCGGUCGGCCGGCGGCGCGUACCAGCCUAACGAGCUGUGGUACCCGUCGUUCGGGGCGGGCGGCUUCGACGCGAGGGACCCGUUCGACGUGCAGUUCAGCAGCUCGCACCCGUGCGGGCUGCUGCUCUCGAGCACCGGAGCGCGGCUGUGAGGAGGUGAGCGCCCAACGUUUCAUGACGUCUCGCCGGAGACGCCGCUGUUCAGCUCUGCGUUUCCGCGUUGCAUUGCGCGAAAGGACCCGAGUAAUGGCGCCACCGUUUUGGUUGGACGCUGAGCGCUGCUGCUGCAGUGCUGCAGAGGGGAAUGCAUGGGUCAGGUCCAUCAAACUGUCUGCUAACAUUCACAAGUUCUUGUUGUUUGCUUCGUGUCUGGGAGAAAGGCAAAGCUGCUGGUGCAGAGAAGAUAAUACUGCUCCAGUGCAAGCGGUAGGAUCAGAUGUGAUCUUUGUCAUUUUGGGAUGUACAUGAGUCAUGAAAAAGCACUGCUCUGGGGGCUCUGACUGUUCACCAGAGUCCUAUGUGUGUAAAAUCAUAAAAGGUGCUUUGCUGUUA